AUGAAGCCGUCACAGCUUCUUGUCUUGCUCUCCGUUUGUGCUGGAGGUUUGGCACAAAGUAACACCCCCGCAAACCCCAAUCCCCCAGCUUCUUCGGAAGUAAAGCAACCGGCACCGGCAACAUCUGCUGUUGUCGAGGUCCCAGCAGUCUCUUCUGCAGCAAAGCCGCCACCAUCUGACAACAACCCAAGCGUAGUAGUCCAACCUUCCGCCAGCGCAGCCCGGCCGAACACGCAAGAAACACCACCCGCCGUAAGUCAACCCGCAGACAAGCCCGCAAGUCAGCCAGCAAGUCAACCCCCAAAGAACGCUCCUGCGAGCUCGGCGAAACCCGCCGGAGGGCCAGACGCAGCUACUGAGAACCGCAAAAACCCGGCGACAGCUGCACCGCCACCCCCCGCCCCGUCGAGUGAUAACGACCCCAAAGUCAACUCGCCCGGCACAUCGAACCCCAAUAGGGCAAAUUCUGACAAACCACAGGGAUCUCAAGCACUUACAGGCUCAAUUCAAGUUGUGACAGGUACCGAUGGCCGCGUUGUUGUCCCCGCGGCUACAGAGACUGCAGCACGCUCAGGUGCACCUCCACCCCCGGCAGGCAACGGUACCGAUACCCGGUCAAGAGCAUCUGCUGCCGGCACCGCUGCAGAUAUUGCAACUGCAACGCCUUCCUCGCCCGCCCUCGCAACGACGAUAGCUUUCGCCGCAGCUCCUUCUGAUGCUUUUGCCAGCGUCAACAAAACUGCCGUGGAGAAGAUCCCUGAAUCAAAGGAGCCACCACCACCUGAUGUGCCCUCUAUCAACCAGUUCCGCGCAGAGUUGAACGCCAAUAUCCCCGAGAAGGCCCUGACGGAAAAGAACGCAAAGUCAUUGGCCAUCUUAGAAACGGCGUAUUUUGAGUACUUUGUCAACCAGGAUCCCGCGCCGGUAGAUGAGGGAAAACUCUCGAUCUCGACGAGCAUAUCUAGUUGUGAGGCCAAGUUUGCCCGUAGGAUGGUUAAGAAGAGAAGCCUUGUUGAUCAGGUGCUGGGAUGGGUACCUCUAGUUUCGAGGGACCUCCGUGGUUUUGGUAACUGCAAGGCGGUCAACUCGUUGGAAGUGGGAGUCUAUUUUCACUACAUGAGAGCUACAGCAACUGCCGAGAGACCCAAUGAGCUGGAGGCGAGAGUGAAGGCUCAGGUUGACGCCCUCAAUGAGGCACUCAGUGGGAUACGGAUCAACUUCCGGUAUAUGGGGCUCAACUGGUGGGAGCCAAAGGCAAACGAGGAUUGGACCACCAUCGCGAGGAGAGAUACCAAGCUUCAAGAAUGGCAGACACGCACGCGAGCACCCGGGAAGCUCACGCUUACCGUGUGGGUUGUCAAUGGGCUUGAGGGAAACAACAAGGAAGAUUUGAACAGCUAUGCGACAUUUCCCAACGAAGAACUAGACGCGCAUGACGGCAUCGUUAUCGAGGCAGCACAUGUCCAGGGCGGUGAAUCAACAACACUCAUUCACGACGUUGGUCAUUGGUUUGGCCUAGGACACACCUUUGGCAAAGUCGGCGACCAAUGCAACUUCCAAGAUGGCCUAACUAACGGAACACAAACGUCGGGUAAUGAGAACGUGAUUUAUGAGUGCUCUCAGGUGCCAUGCACAGGUGGAGCUGCCAUUGAAAUCAACAACUACAUGAGCUAUUCCAAGUGCCGUGGCAAGGUCCCUCGAGAUGGUUUCACAACUGACCAGAAGGCGCGCAUUUUCGCCAAUGCUCUUCAGUUCCGUCGAGGGUAUGAGACAGGCGAGUGCAUGCCAGAUGGCAAGGCGGCUGUACGGAAGCGGUCUAGCAUGCAGGAUCUGCUUGACGGCAAGUGCCCCGACUAUGAGAAGCAAGCCAGCAUCCUGGUGAACACGCCUCACAAGAGCAUGGCACCUAGGAUGCCCAGCCGGCAAACUAGUGGGUGGCUUGGUGUUGCUGCUAUAUGGGCGGCGGUCGCACUCUUUGUCUAA